AUGUGGGUAAGGAAACUCGUUUUUUUCCAUGAACAAUUCAGCACAAUAGUAAAAAUGACUCGAACACCGGACCCCGCGAAAGUGCUGUUAAGAGAACAAAUUGCAGCUAGCAUUGCAUCUCUCUCUGCAGAUGAGAAGAAACGACAAUCUGAAAUAGUUUAUAACAAAAUAACGAAUCAUCCUGUCUAUAAAUCCGCAAAACGAAUAGCCAUAUUUAUGAGCACAGAACAAGAGGUCAACACGGCGCCCAUAAUAAAGCACAUCAAAUCUAAAGGCGCGGCGGCGUUUGUGCCACAGUACGCGGGGGGUAAGAUGAGGAUGCUACGGCUGGAGUCCGGGGAUGAAGAUAGUAUGCCUUUGACCAGGCACGGGAUAGCGCAACACUCGAAGGACCAGAAGAGGGAGGACGCUUUAGAUGAAGGACUAGACCUAAUAAUAGCACCAGGAGUUGCAUUUUCAAAGAACGGUGGAAGAGUAGGUCAUGGCGGUGGCUACUAUGACAAGUAUAUUGCUAACAUAAGGACUAAUCCGGCGACUGCACCUAAGGUUAUAGCAAUAGCAUUCAAUUGCCAAGUUGUAGACGAUGUUCCUAUGAACGAGAUGGACCAAAGAAUCGAUGAAGUAGUUUUUCCUGACAAC